GUACCACUCCACCUUGACGCUUCGACGCUUCGACAACACCACUCCUCAUCUAAAACCUCGCUCAUCAACCAUUACCGUACAUUCUUCAUCAUCUUGACUGCUGCAAUUAAAGGUUAGCAACAACAGCUGUACCAAUAGUUUCCAAUCCACAAGAAGUGAAACAGAAGAAACAAUGAGUGAAGGAGAAAGCAGUGGUGACGAGCUGUCUGGCUUGUCAGGAUUUUUCUUUUAUGUGUUUAUUGUCCAUCCCUGUACAGCAUGGAUUCUGAGGCCAGGACGAUUUGAACGCAAGAAGAGCAUUAUGUAUGCCAUUGCCUUUCUGGCAGCUAUUGCAGCAAUCAAGACAGGUCUAGAAAUGCAACAAAAAGGACCCAACUAUUACAACCUGUUGGGUGUGACACGAGAAUCCAAUCCUCUGGAAAUAAAAAGGGCCUACAAACGCCUUAGUCUUCAACUCCACCCGGACAAGAAUCCCAGCCCGGAUGCCACUGAUAAGUUUGAUGCUGUCAAGCAGGCCUAUGAUGCCCUCAUGGAUAUGGAAUUUCGUGAAGUAUACAACAAAUUUGGAAAAGAGGGAAUCAAGGCCAACAAACGCUAUGAUGAAACCCAAUUCCUUCUUGAAUUGGCCAUUUUCUACAUUUCCUGGGGUAUGAUGGUUUUCAUGUUGACACUGGGAAAGCGAAGUGGUGAAGCUCGAAAUUGGUGUUUUACUGGAAUGGUUGUCAUGUUGGUUGUUGAAGUCACCAUGAUGACAUCUUCCACCAAUCCAAUCCCUACUUGGUUAUUCCCAGCACUCACCGAACAUGAAGUGGUCUGGUUACUACACAAUCUAUUUCCUGCCUUUAUGAAUGGGUGUCGAUCAUUGGGUGCCUAUCUCUAUGUGGAUCUGGAUGCCCAAACGCGGCAGCUUUUGGUGGCAUUGCAGGAGCAAAACAAAGACAUGCUCCUAGUUCUUCGUGAUAUUCAAAUUGGGGUGCAAACCGUUCAAGCCCAUGGUUGGGGAGGUGGUGGACGAGCUGCAGCCACAGGAGAUGUGGCUGCAGCUGGUGGUGGUGCCAUUCCAAGGGCCACCCCCACUGGCAAGCUCAAGGAAUUGCAAGAUCGUCUGCGAUCAUCCAACACCAAUGUAGCACAGGCAGUCCAACAAAUCAAUGGACAGCCAAACAAGAGCUCCAAUAUGGGAUUCUAUCUCAUGAUUCUCGGUUACAUCGUCGUUGCAUACCUCUUCCAGUAAACUUACACACAAUAUACGCACAAAGCUAGUCAGUAAACAUAGUAUGAUAGCCAAUGUAUUUUAUGGCAAAGAGGCAGCUAGCUGGUGAAUCAUGUGCUUCUUCCGUGCUGUGCUGGAGGUGUUGGGGUUGCUGUUUGGUUGGCUCUUUAGAAAGUUUUGACAGGCAAAAAGGGUACUGAGGAGCUAGGCAGGAUUGGCUUGGUCUAGCUACAUGUAGUGAACUUGCAAGAGGCCAACUGUCUAUGCUUGGAAGAGGGAAACUGGUAGCUUGGCAGUGUAUCAUUGUACAGCUCUAGCUAGCUAGCUACGGUAGGGCAUUGGAGUUGUUUCGUGCUCCGGAUCCGUAGGGUUCAUUGCCAUUCGCAAUUGUAGAGUGAAUAGUGACGCGCAAAAGUGACACAUGAGGAGGAGUGGUGUUUAUAGGACCAAAGAAGGUAGGUAUGGCAUGCUUCAAGAUAGACAUGGUGCAUUUCAUCAGGUUUUGUCUAUAUCUUAACUCCAGGAAGCAGGCCUGUGCCACCGAUAGCUAGAAUUAAUUCAUGUCGAGCGUCAUACAACCAAGGUCUCAGAAGCUAAUCUGACUAUUUGACUCGACUCGACUUGACUCCAGCGCUACUUUCUUAUCCUCCAAUGUUCUUCAUUUCAUCCCCGAUGAAUUGCAUCAUAGUUUUUUGGGCUUCUGCUCGUCCUGCUCGUGCGCCCUCGGCUCCCUUUUUAAGAGCCGCGACGAUUUCCGAUGAAACGGCGUCUUGUCCUAAUGCCUUUCCCUUUUCGGUAAUGUUGAUUUCUAGGAAUUGAGGUGGGUUGUUUCCAUCUCGUACGACCUCAAUGGUAUCUGGGUCGCCUUGUGCGAUUCUCAUGGCAGCAAGAUCUUCGUUCAACUUCAUGCGAGCCUUGAUACCGAGUUGGUAUUCUUGAGCGGACAUGCCCAUGGCAGCCGCGGCUUCUUCCAUUUUCUUUUGGGCUUCGGGAUCAUCUUCCGUGACAGCACCGGCACCGCCUCCACCAAACAUGUAUUGCCGCGUCAAGGAUUGUGUGGUUUGUGGAACGACAGUAAAGGCAGUUGCCGUGCUCAACAGCACGGCUCCACAAGUCAGAAUAUUCGAGAGUUUCAUGGUUGUCGUAGUUGGUUUUGGCGGCUACUAAGUUUUAUUAGCUUCCAGGUAUCGAUCUCGCGUUGUCUAUCAGAUCUACCAUGUCGUUGAAGGAUCCUUGACAGCAACAGAUCCGAGACACAGCUGAUGGACUUCCACGAGGAAGGAGAUGACAGCCUUCAAGUUGACGGUCCAUUUUUUUGUUGAUGCCAAGUCAAGUCAAGACGCAUACGUCAGC